AUGCCGGCGCCCGGCCGGGGCCCCCGAGGGCCGCCCCUGACCAUGCCCGGGCGCCGGGGGGCGCUGCGCGAGCCGGCUGGCUGCGGCUCCUGCCUGGGGGCGGCGCUGGCCCUGCUGCUGCUGCUGCUGCCGGCCGGCUGCCCGGUGCGGGCGCAGAACGACACGGAGCCCAUCGUGCUGGAGGGCAAGUGCCUGGUGGUGUGCGACUCCAGCCCGUCGGCGGACGGCGCGGUCACCUCCUCGCUGGGCAUCUCCGUGCGCUCCGGCAGCGCCAAGGUGGCCUUCUCCGCCACGCGGAGCACCAACCACGAGCCGUCCGAGAUGAGCAACCGCACCAUGACCAUCUACUUCGACCAGGUAUUAGUAAAUAUUGGCAACCAUUUCGAUCUUGCCUCCAGUAUAUUUGUAGCCCCGAGAAAAGGCAUUUAUAGUUUCAGCUUCCACGUGGUCAAAGUGUACAACAGACAAACCAUCCAGGUCAGUUUGAUGCAGAACGGGUACCCAGUGAUCUCAGCCUUUGCGGGGGACCAGGACGUCACCAGAGAAGCCGCCAGCAAUGGCGUCCUGCUGCUGAUGGAGAAAGAAGACAAAGUGCACCUCAAACUGGAGAGGGGCAACCUCAUGGGGGGCUGGAAAUACUCCACGUUCUCGGGCUUCUUGGUUUUUCCUCUAUAAACACAGAGCCCCCAGACGGUGGGGAAGUUGCGAUCUGGACCCAGGACUCCGCCCUUCCUAACACCCUGAACUUGCCAGAAUAGGACCACUUGCUUCCAACCUCCGUCAGACUGUUGAGGUAGAAGAAUGAUUUCCUUCUAAAUCUCCAGUAUUUUCUUUGAAGAUUGACCAUUCCUCGGGAACCUGGCUUCUAAUUAGUUUUAGACAACAAGGUCUUAAGGAGAAAUGAAAUUAUCGAUUUGAGCAAUUUGUACCUGUGAUUGUAAAGUCAAUACUGGAUUUUAUUGUCGGGACCGUGGACUUUUCUUCCUUUUGUUUGUACGCUGUGUUGUUGCCCCAGCGAGGAGUGCCGUUGAUCUCCAGGAUGGAUUGCAGGUUGUUGGGCGGGGCUCAGAGCAAGAGCCUCAGAAAUCACCACCCGCCAGAUAGCCCUUGAAAUGUGUUCUUUGUGUGUCUGUUCAGCCUUAAGGAAAAGAAUGGCUUCACUUUCAUUCUGUAUUCCCCCCCCCCGCCCCCCCGGGGUGGCUGGGAGGCGUCUGGUGGGGGAAGGGGACAUUGUGAAUCUGUCAAGAAGUGCUUUAUCCGGAGAAGCAAAUUUUGCACGAUGGGACUGCGACUUUUGCUUUGUAUUGUUUACGUGUGUGGGGGGUUUUUUUGUUUUGUUUUGUUUUG